ACGAGAAGGUUUGGCUGCAGCGGCCCCCGCAGCGUCAUGUUGUGGAGGCAGCAGUGAGGAACGUGAAGCACCUGCCUAGCCUGCGCACUGAGCUCAUGGAUAGGAUGCUGGAAACAGUACGUGGCUGGCGUCAACAUCUACCUCAUGCAAGUACGGGACUCAGCUGAUAGUGAUGCACUCAAAUACCAGUCCACCAUGUCUCACCUGCUGCCGACUGCGUUUCAACACAUCCAGAGUUUUAUGCGGUACCGCCCUGUUGGAAUGAUCCGGCCGGUAGAGAAGGACAAGAAUGGUUUUCAGGACAACUUUCCCUCCCCCAGGAUCAUAGUGCAACCAAAUGUGUACUUCCCUCAUGACUCCUUGUGGCAUGCCAGGCCCAGGAAAGCUGGGAAGUCAAGUGGUACAGCCACUGAGGAGAGAUCACCUACCACUAGCUCAAAGACCCAGAAAGCUUCCCUUUCUUCCAACCCCCCAACUAAUCCUGUGAGGACAGACACCGAGGCAUUACCUCCUUCAGUUACUUCUAUGUCCUUUCAUCAGAGAAGGGUUUCUCAGCCAUCUUCAUCAGACAGCGAACCAUCUGCCAGGGAUCCAGAUGGACCAAUCAUUGCCUCCCAAAGAAAUCUCAGGCAGCAGGAUGACGCGGUGCAUCGUGCUCUCAUGGAAGCUGGUGGUGUGGUUAGCGCCAGGGAGGAGGUUUAUAAUGGAGAAAUUAUGGCUACAAGUGGAAGACUCAGUGAAGAUGAAGUACAACCAGUGUGGCCGCAGUCCCUGGAUGUGACUGAUACACCCAGCCAGAUAAGUGGUAGCUUAAUGAGAGAGCUGGUGUACCAGCAGGAUCCCAAGGGGUACGAGUCCACUGUCAGUCUGGACAAGUUUUCACUGAGGCCAGCUGGGAGGACAGAGGAGGGACAAAGGAAGAAAAAGUCUGGGUCCAGUGUGAGUGCUGAAACGGUGUCUCUGGGUCAAGGUAGAGGUCACAUGCAAAGUCAUAUGACCGAUGAGAUCAAAAGUAACAUCCCAGGACUCAGGACCUAUCAGGGAGUCUCACGAGUGCAGCAGUUCUUGGGGCUACCAAUAGAGACUAACAAAGAUGGCUUUUCAGGGUCAAACUAUCAUACAGGAAGAGACCCACAUCAGCAAAAUGGCAGAGGUGGUGAAUUCCCUGUACAUACACCGUAUGAUAGGCCGGUACAUCAGACUCAAAUUGUGGACGUUGGGCUUGUGGUAGGCAGGAAAACACUGUCAAUUGGAGAAUCAGACAUGUCGGCAUAUCAAGAUGACAUGUUGAAGGCUGACGCAAGUCUGUCUGAUGUGGUUGAUCGACCCAGGGGUCGCCGAUCUCUUCCUGUUCAAUCUCAGAAUGGCAGUAGGCGACAGCGCCUGCAAGAGAUGCUUCAACAGCAGUCAACUUAGUACGUAAAUGUUAACUGUCAACAUUGUGCCUUUAAAACUACUGCAAUAUUGGGUUUCAAGAGUUGAACUUGAAAAAUGUACACAAGAAGUGUUUUAAAAGAAGCUAUAUCUUCAUUGUGAUGAAAUACUGUUUUAUCUUAAGUAAUAAUACAUUUGUUGUUAUACAAAUUUUGUUUAACCAUGAAAGGUCAGUUUUUUCAAGCAGUUGUGUCUGUUUUGCCAAGCACUUUGUUGUAUGUGUUCUGUCACCUAUUUUUCUGUGUGACUUUUUGUUUCUAUCUUGUCAAUGCCUCAGAUGGACACAGUGGCUCUCUGUGCAAAGGUAGCUGUGGGCUGUAGUUUACCUUAGUAUUAUGAUCAACUUUCUGUAGUAGAGAAUAGCAUACUAUGUGUAUAACCACUGAUAUGUUCCAGAAUAAUGUAACACUCAGUGGGUUUGUAUUAAAAUUUGUGUGUUAACAUUCAAUUUCAUUUGAUGAAAUCAAAAUUAUGCCCCAUGUUCAGAAGUGCCUACUUAUCUUAAAAUACGAAGUUUCUCAUUUAAAUAUAAAGCAUAAUAGAUAACUCUCAAACUUCCAUAUCAGUAUCAGUCAUAUUCACCUUUGUAUUUUCCAUUUUAAUGCCCCCGGAUCGAAUGAUCGGGGGUAUAUUGUUUUUGGCCUGUCUGUCUGUCUGUCUGUCAUUCAUUCAUUCAUUUAUUCAUUGUGUGUGUCCCAAAACUCGAACCUUGGUCAUAACUUUUGCAAUAUUGAAGAUAGCAACUUGAUAUGUGGCAUGCAUGUGUAUCUCAUGGAGCUGCACGUUUUGAGUGGUGAAAGGUCAAGGUCAUCCUUCAAAGGUCAAAGGUCAAAUAUAUGGCUUCAAAGCGGCAAAAAAGGGGUCAUUGUGUUUUUGACAAACACAUUUCUUGUGUCCUCUAUGGACAAUAUGGGAUGAGAUUUCUCAUCGUUUCAGCUGAAUUCCUCUCAAGGCAAGAGUAGUUAUCCUGCACCAAAAGAAUUGGGGUGGUCUGUCUGUCAGACUGUCUGGCACAAAUGUUUCUGGGCUAUAUCGCAAGAACUAUAUAAGAUAUCAACAUGAAAUGUCAUAGGCGUGUAGAUAUCAAUAAGGAGAAUUGAAAUGAUCAAAAACAAUACCCUACACUUAAUCAUUUUUAUACGCCCGUAUAAAAUACGGGACGUAUUAUGUGAAACCCCUUGGCGGCGGGCGGCGGGCGGAAGGCAUCACUUUGUCCGGACUCUAAUUCAAAUUGUAUUCAUCCGAUCUUCACCAAACUUGGUCAGCAGUUGCAUCUAGUUGAUAUCUAGGCCAAGUUCGAAUAUGGGUCAUGCCGGGUCAAAAACUAGGUCAUAGGGUCAAUAAGUGCAUUUUCAAAGGGGCCACUUUGUCCGGACUCUAUUUCAAAUUGUAUUCAUCCGAUCUUCACCAAACUUGGUCAGCAGUUGCAUCUAGUUGAUAUAUAGGCCAAGUUCGAAUAUGGGUCAUGCCGGGUCAAAAACUAGGUAAAAGGGUCAAUUAGUGCAUUUUCAACGGCGCCACUUUGUCCGGACUCUAAUUCAAAUAGUUUUCAUCCGAUCUUCACCAAACUUGCUCAGAAGUUGAGUCUAGACAAUAUCUAGGCCAAGUUGGAAUAUGGGUCAUGCCGGGUCAAAAACUAGGUCAUGGGGUCACUUAGUGCAUUUCAAGGAUUUCAUGGUGUCCGCUCUCUAAAUGAAGUAGUUUUCACCCGAUCUUCACCAAAUUUGGUCAAAAGUUGUGUCUAUAUGAUAUGUAGGUCAGGUUUAAAUAUGGGUCAUGCCGGGUCAAAAACUAGGUCACGAGGUUACUUAGUGCAUUUCAAGCAUUUAGCAUGGUGUCCGCUCUCUAAUUGAAGUAGUUUUCAUCUGAUCUUCACCUAAUUUGGUUACAAGUUGUGUCUAGAUGAUAUGUAGGUCAAGUUCGAAUAUGGGUCAUGCCCGGUCAAAAACGAGGUCACAUGGUGCAUUUAAAGCAUUUAGCAUGGUGUCCGCUCUCUAAUUGAAGUAGUUUUCAUCUGAUCUUCACCAAAUUUAGUCAGAUGUUACAUCUAAAUGAUAUCUAGGUCAAGUUCAAAUAUGGGUCAUGCCAAGUCAAUAACUAGGUCUUGAGGUCAUUUAGUGCAUUUCAAGCAUUGAGCAUGGUGUCCAAAACCUUCGAACGGGCGUAUCUUGUGACAGUUUGGCACUCUUGUUUUAUAAUUAUACCAUUUAUCAAGGCAACGGCAUUCAUCCUUAAAUAAAAAUCGUUUGGAGGUGAUAUCAAUUCAAUGAAUUCGCUUGUUUGAAAAUAGUCAUUAACUUUUGCUGGAUCUUUUUUUGAAAAAAAAACAAACACAACUUUUUAGGUGAGACUUCUUUGGUGGGUUGAGAAUUGUUUUUCUUUGUGGUGCUCCCAAAAUAAGGUUCUCAAUAUUUUUUGUUUUCCUCACUUGUGUAAAAGAGUGUUGUUCUCUUUAGUUGUCUGUCCAUCUGUCUGUCUUGGGCACUUGUCAUAUGUAAAUUCUAAGAUGAAAUUACUUUGCUAGUGCAUUCACUUAAACAAGAUGGGUUUUCUUUUCUUUUUUAUGCGCCCGGUAUGGUGGCAUAUAUCAGUUUGCACUGUCCGUCUGUCUGUCCAUCUGUUAGAACAUUUGUUCUAAUGAUAUCUGGGCUGAGUUUGAAAAUGGUUCCCUUCCUUUAAAACUAAUGGCUGCCAGAGGGCUUGGCAUUUUGUCCUUAUAUGGCUGGCUGGUGGGCAGGCGGAACAAGCUUGUCAAGGCCAUAAAUAUGUCGUUCAUUGUCAGAUUUUAAAAUCAUUUGGCACAUUUGUUCACUAUCAUUGGACGGUGUGUCGCGCGAAAGAAUUACGUCAAUAUCUCCAAGGUGAAGGUCACACUUUGAGUUCAAAGGUCAAAAGGCCAUAACUAUGUCAUUGAUUGUCAGAUUUUAAAAUCAUUUGGCACAUUUGUUCACCAUCAUUGGACGGUGUGUCGGGCGAAAGAAUUACGUUGAUAUCUCAAAGGUCAAGGUCACACUUUGAGUUCAAAGGUAAAAAAUGGCCAUAAAUGAGCUUGUCCGGGCCAUAACUAUGUCAUUGAUUGUCAGAUUUUAAAAUCAUUUGGCACAUUUGUUCACCAUUAUUGUACGGUGUGUCGCGCGAAAGAACUACGUAGAUAUCUCCCAAGGCAAGGUCGCCACGACUAAAAAUAGAUUGAUUUUUAAAACAAGCCCUUUAUCAGACUUUUUUUUAAUAUUGAAAACCUGGUUUUGUGACAAUUUUGUCCCUUGUUGAUAUAUUGGCCAAGUUUGAAAAUGGUUUCAGAAACAUCCCAAAAGUUGCUGAGAGAAGUUCAGUUCCCUGAAGUCUCAGGUGAGCAACCAUGGGCCUCUCGCCCUCUUGUUUGUAUGUAAAUCUACAUGACCUAGUGUUUUUCCCAGGCCGUUUUAGCUGCCCCUUUCAAAGCCAUUUAGCGCCACGCUGCCUCUUCUAAAGGCCGCCGCCCUGCCCUUUCAUGAGCACCUGCUGUUUCUUGUCCUAUUUUGUUACGGUAUGCUUGAUCGCAAGAUUAAAUUGAUAAUUGUGCUCGUUUUAUUGCCCAUAGGUGUUUUUAAGUGCUUUGAUUUAACAGAUUAAUUGGAUGGCCCCAAGGCAGUGAAGAUCCCUGAUAAUGUCAGUGGCAAUGUUUUACCAAGUACACUAAACGGUCGGUAAUGAGUACUCCUCCACGAUUAAAUCGUGGACUGUUACUUCGGAUUCUUUUGAUGAAAAACUCGAUGUUAUCCUCGUGGAAAUUAUGCAUUUUAUGCAUAAUUUAGUUAUAUUAAAACAUAUAUUUUUACGCGUAAUUUCAUUAAACAACACAAACAAAUUAAUUCUUUCUCAUUAUCGUCUUCAAGAUAAUUAAUUAUUUAAAUAAUUACUGAGACGUAUACUAAUUAAACAAAAUACGAAUCACGUAUUAGGCGGACGUAUGAUACGAUUUUACGUUGCUAUGCGCACCACUCCCAUCUUUUAAUCAAGAUGGCGGACUAUACAGAAUUAAAUUGUGACUCGGCAAAAAUAUCAAAUAACGUCGUAAACGAUCGAAUUAACAAUGUAAAUAAUACAUUUAGACGGAAUAAAUGAAAUAUCUGCGAUAAUCAACGAUGAAUAAAAAUGUUUUAGAUAGCAACAGCAUAUUUACUUGUAAUCUACUCAGUAGAUGUAUCACGGAAACGAGUGUUACUGUUAGCGAUUAGUUUACUCGCAAUGUUAAACAUAUGACAAGAUUAGCGUAAGAAAAUGGGAUACGACAAACAUGGUUUCAUUUAUGUUAGUGGAUCUGUGUAUAACCAGAUUCAUGUACAUAUAUUGAUUUGUUUGUUGUGCUGUAAAGUCUAUUGAAACAGCAUGGAACUUAAAUGUAUAUUGCAAGGUAAAUAUAAAGUAAGUUAAAUACACCAAUUACCAUUUAAUGAGCUUGUUUAUAUUUUAUGUUUUUUUCCAUAACUGCCUCUGAUGCGAUAACAUGUUUCUCCCUAAUUCAAGUAUUCACGGAACUUGUAUGCCCUUUUUUGCCUAAACUGCGCGCUAAAAUGCCCUUUUUGAAAGUUAUGGGCCAUGCCCCUUUGCCCUCCUGGGAAAAACACUUAUGACCUACAGAUUGGGUGUGGGUUUUGUUCCGGUCAAUGAAAUCAGGUACAUACAACUCGUAAAGUACGAAGAAAUCUUGAAGGCUGCUUGUGUGUUUUGUGCUGAUUUAAGAAUAGGAAUAUGGGUUGAAUCAGCAUAGGGUAAGAGUAUUUGUAAAGAUUUAAAUAUUUAUGUCCUUUUUAUGCUCCCCCAAAAAAUUUGGGGGGAGCAUAUAGUCGCCGCUUCGUCUGUCCGUCCGUCCGUGUGUCCGUCCGUGCAAAAUUUUUGUCCGGGCUAUUUCUCAGCAACUAAUGACCGGAAUUCAAUGAAACUUUAUGGGAAGCUUCACUGCCAAGAGGAGAUGUGCAUAUUAUCAGCGGGUUCUGGUCGGAUGAUUUGCCACAGAGUUAUGGCCCUUUGAAGUUUUCCAUUAACUGUACAUAUAGUGCAAUUAUUGUCCGGGCUAUUUCUCAGCAAUUAAUAACCGGAAGAGAUGUGCAUAUUAUCAGCGGGUUCUGGUCGGAUUUUUUUUCACAGAGUUAUGGCCCUUUGAAAUUUUCCAUUAACUGUACAUACAGUGCAAUUCUUUUCCGGGCGAUUUCUUAGCAACUAAUGACGGGAAUUCAAUGAAACUUUAUGGCAAGCUUCAUUACCAAGAGGAGAUAUGCAUAUUAUCAGCCGGUUCUCGUCGGAUGAUUAUUUACAGAGUUAUGGCCCUUUGAAAUUUUCCAUUUUACAUAUAGUGCAAUUCUUGUCCGAGCUAAUUGUCAGCAACUUAUUAUGGGAAUUCAAUGAUCUCUAUGGGAAGCUUCACUACCAAGAGGAGAUGUGGAUAUUAUCAGCCUGUUCUCGUCAGAUGAUUUUUAACAGAGUUAUGGCCCUUUGAAAUUUUCCAUUGAACAUAUAGUGCAAUUCUUGUCCGAGCUAUUUCUCAGCAACUUAUGACGGGAAUUCAAUGAAACUUUAUAGGAAGCUUCACUACCAACAGGAGAUGUGCAUAUUAUCAGCCGGUUAUGGUCGGAUGAUUUUUCACAGAGUUAUGGCCCUUUGAAAUUUUCUAUAAACUGUGCAUAUAGUGCAAUUAUUGUCUGGGCUCUUUCUCCCCAACUAUUGACUGGAAUACAAUGAAGCUUAAUAGGAAGCUUAACUACCUUGAGGAGAUGCGCAUGUUAUUAGUGGGUUCUGGUUUAAUGAUUUAUUUAGAGAGUUAUGGCCCUUUUGUCUAAAGUUAUGCCCCUCAAGACGUUUCCUUUUAUCUGAAUAUAUAGUGCAAUAUUGUGACAAAAAAACUUUGGGGAGCAUCACCCUUCUCCGACGGUUUCUUGUUUAUUUUCAUCUUCAGUUUUGUUCUCUGAUUUAUUUUGUUCAAAAUUAUAAGCAAAUGUUAUGAGCUUAUGGAAUGUUUACAUUAAAAUAGUAUAUGGUUGAGGUUGCCAAAUUAUGUGGUCAAGAUCACCAUAUUUUGUAAUUUCCAAUUUUAUCUUGAAUAAAUUUAUAUUUUAAAUGCAAUUUCUAGACAUAUGAUUAAAAAAAUACAUAUCAAAUUGUGGAAACUUUGUUCAUAUGCCCCUGAGUACUUAUGUGGAACCCUAAAUGUUUGGGCUGGAGCAAUUGUUCAAGUAAUUCCAGGCUUACUGGUACUGGCAGUUGCAGUUAUAUACAUGUACACAUAAUUUGUAUCCAUAGUUAACUAAUAACGGUACUUAUAUGAAAUCUUGUAUUGUAUCUCAUUUGCAUCCAAAGCUUAAGGUAUAAUGAGAAAUUCUUUAGUUUGUUUCUUAUGUUGAACCAGUUAAUGGUGUGAUAAAGGAAGAUCUUGAGAUUGACGUCAAAGUGAGGGUUUAAACCUGUAUCUGUUAACUAAGCCAAUACCAUAUCCAUAAAACCACUUAAUGCGCCUAUAUAGUGGAUACAUGAAGCAUUGCAAUCCCUUUGUUAUUUCCAAAAUUUUCUUGAUAUAUUGAUUUGCCAUCAAAUUGUGUUAAAGCUCCCUUAUAUUUUGAGUGUAACAAUUUCUACCCAUUUCAGCAUUAUCAUGGUUUUUAGCGAGGCUGUUUUCGGAGAAAACCCGAGGUAUUGUCAUAGCCUGCUCGUCGUCAGCCGGCGUCGUGCUAAAACCUUUACAUUGCCUCUAAAAUCAAAGUGCUUCCACCUACAACUUUGAAACUUCAUAUGUAGAUGCACCUUGAUGAGUUCUACACGCCACACCCAUUUAGGGUCUCUAGGUCAAAGGUCAAGGUCACUGUGACCACUAAAAAAAAAAAAAUAAAUUCUGACAGGCUUUCGCAGCCAAGCGUGGCACCUGUUAUGCGGUGCUCUUAUUUUCACAUAGCCAUGUUUGCAAGAGAAAUACAAUUUGGUAAUAGAAUACAUUUUUGAGGAAUUUGUUAGUGUUGGUAACACAAUAUGUGUUAAUCUGAACAUAUGAUGUGUGCAUAUCAGUGAGAAUUUUGCCUCUUGGUUAAGAUUUUGUUUUUUCUGUGUCUUUAACCAGUUGUUUUUUACAGAUUGUGUGAUGGGGGGUAUCGUUGUUAAUCCUGCAAGUACAAUGUCGAUGGUAAAAGUCGCAAAAUCUUGAGAACCUGUUGGUUGGCUUUCCAAGUUGUCUGCCAUACAAAAAGGACACAAUAUGCACAACGAAGUUUGAUUAAGCCUGCUGGUGUAACUUGCUGUAGCAAGAUUUUAAGUCUCAGAUUUAAGAGUCCAUCUUUACAUCAACAUUGUCUCCAGUGUAGAUCAAAUUUCUUCCUUCAUUUUCUGUAUAUGUGUAACUGGGCCAUUACAAGUAAAUAGAUAUUGAAAACAGGUUUUAAAAUGAAAAGAGAAAGAAUAAAGUUGGUACAAAUUAAUGUGUGUACAUUUGUGAAGUCACUAGUAAGCCAAUUGGUAGGAAGCUGACAUGGUACAUUAAGUGCUUUAACACUGCACAUUUUUUUAUAAGGGGCAUAUUGUCAUAUUUAAGUCGGUAUAUUGGUCUGUCCGCAUAAAAUGUUUUAUGUUGGAUCAAACAUCUUCCCUAUUUCUUACAGGAUUUACUAGAAAGUUGUUGUCACCAUGUAAUAUUCAUGUGAAAGACACCAUCUUCAUUAUCAGUUGUAUACUUAUUCCCUAGUUAUGCUAUGCUAUGUUUGCACACAGCGCUUUUGGGGUAUUAGUCAUGUUGUUGACACAGCUCUAAUUUAUCUGGCAAUGUAACAGUUUAUAUUCUGGAAGAAUAGCGUAUAUUCCGUUCAUAUUCUGGCUGUCUCUAUCCCUUACAGUGCGGGAAGCGGAUUUUGAAGGCCUUUGCAAACAGUUUGGAUCCAGAUGAGACGCCACAGAACGUGGCGUCUCAUCAGGAUCCAAACUGUUUGCUAUUCUGAUAGUGUUCUUUGAAAAAAAUCGAAGAAAAUGCUAAUUUUAGAAAUUUAGCAGAAGACAUUUUAGCAGACGAAAAAUUUCCCAGCAUGCAAAGGGCUAUUUGUAUUAUUCUGCACACUAGUAUAUUAGUUGUAUAAGUAUUAAAUAUACUAGUAUAGUAUUCAAUUUCUGCAAGGAUAAAAAGUCUUUAUAAAAAAUUAACAUACAAGCACCUGAAUAAAACAAGAUUUGAAAAUCUGGUUUUAAAUACGAAAUAAAAUGUGAUUAUACCAUUUCAUAUCAUAGUUGUAUAAGUUUAAUUAUAUUUUGUCAUGUUUUAUGUAGUCCUUUUUGCUUCUUAUAUUGUGUUGAAAAGUUUUUUGUUAUCAAUGGUUAAGAGCCUAUGGAUUGUAUGGAUGUUUCUUUCAUAAAUCCUUUAACUUGUAAUAAUUGCAUGUUGGGCAUUAGAUGCCUGUGAACAGAACUGAAAACAAUUGGAAACAAUAGAUCAAGCUUAUUAUGUGUUCUACAUUGGUCUAGAGGUGCAAUAUUUGUCAUGUAAUUUUAUAUUGGGUCUGUUUGUUUGCUAAGAUCUUGUCUCAAGCUUCAAAAUUGAUCACACCUUGAGGGGAGAUUUAAAAUGUUACGAACGAAAUAGAGCCAUUUGACCAUCUUUUUGUGGAAACAUUCUGCACAUGUUUUUGAGACAUGUGCCGGGGUAUAUUAAAAUACAAACAACGUAUUAAAAUUCAUUAUUAAAUUAUACUUCAGUUGACAAGUGUGUACAUGUACAUACUAAGUGUAUACUAAUUGCAGACUCAUUUUGUGGGUUUUUCGUCGCUUUUUGUACAUGUUGUAAAUUGUAUUCAUUUGUUGAUUACAUGCUAUCGGAUCAUGUUCCUCGCUCUGGGUCACCUACUCCGAGAGAUAAUCGCGACUUCAGGCUCCUAUUAUGGGGUAACGGGGCCAAUACGGGCCAGUUAGCGUACCUUCGGCGACACUUUCACCGGAAGCGGUGGCACUGAGACGCCACAUUGCACUUUUGGCAUGCGUGGCCCAUCGGGCCAAACAAGUCUGCCAAGUUUCGUCGCUCUGGGUCACCUACUCCGAGAGAUAAUCGCGACUUCAGGCUCCUAUUAUGGGCUGGACUUAUAAUUCCUAUGAGGUCCAUUAUGCCACUUUGAAAGCCUGAUGAACGGAAAGUGGACUUCACUAAAUUUAGUUCACUGUUGGUUUUUAUCCACAAAUUCAAUUCCGGGAAGUGGGAGAAGACUUACUCAAUGGAUGCAGAGAAUACAUCAGUUACUCCUUCAGCUGUCCGUGCUAGCGGUUCUGGUGAUGUGUACUUCAGGUGCCGCUUACUCGACCACGCGGUGCAUCCAUGCGUGUGGAAACACAUUGGUGUCGCAGAAUCGAAUCACGUGCCAGGCAUGCGCAAACGAUCCACCAAUCGACUAUGAAAUGUGCAGUAAUGCGUGUGACAACACGUUUUCAACAUAUAUGAAAACUAUAUGUGGUACUUGCGUUCAAAGUGUCAGUCUUUCUGAUGAUAUGUGCAUCAAAUCUUGCGGAAAUACCUUUUCUACACAGUAUCGACAGAUCUGCACGCAAUGUGUGGCCCGCCCUCCACUUACUGACAAAAUGUGUAUCAAUGCGUGCGGCAACACAUUCUCUUCCUACCUCCGGAAUAUCUGCAAUGCCUGCGUGAACAAUCCGCCACGCACGGACGCCAUGUGUAUACAUGCAUGCGGCAACACAUUCAGCCAACAGUUCAAAACCAUUUGUAGAAGCGCCUGUUAAGUAGCUAUCUCCGAGGGCGUAAUAUCAGAAAUUUGUCUUCAUUUACCAGUUACAGACAAACAUGUUAUACAUUCGUUAUGGCACAUGCUUAUGUGUUCUUUUAUGUAUCUUAUAUUGUAAUAUAUGUAAAUCAUAAACCUCUAAAAAAAAUUCAAACGACGGGUUAAAAAUUGCAUUGGAAUACGUUUAUAUGAAAAGCAAGCACUUGAUAAAGAUAUUACUCCAUAUAAUUUUAUGUUAUGCUUUCAUGUCGUUUAUGUUAUUCUUUCAUGUUGUUUAUGUUAUAAUAUCAAUGCCUUCAACAUGAUAAUUUGCGGUUACAAAAGGUGAGAAAUAAUAUAUAUUAUUUAAUUCUAAGUGACGCAAUUUUAAAUAUUUGUUUAAAUAUACGGAGAUUGUAAUGCGACUUAAAGUUAAUUUUAAAAGCAUGUCUUGUAAUUGUUUUUUAUAGCAAAUAAUGAAAAUGGUGAGCAAAUACAGUAGUAAAUGUUAUUAGUACAGUUGCUAGUUACAAAUUCAUAAUCGCAAUAUUAAAUUCAAUAAUACGCCUUACCGCUUAAUUAUCCCGGCUUUGCCCCGCCGUGUUCAUCAUUGAGCCAUAGUGACUACCAGACAUUGUCUCGAUGGUAAAUAUUAAACCAAUGGACGGUCAA